AUGUCAAGCAUUAGCGACGGCAAUGUUCACGCGCCGGAGCAUCGCGAAACCAAACCCUCGCAGGGAGAUCCUGCGCGACCUGUUUCGGAGUUAUUUCGGCUCGAUCACCGCACGAUCCUAAUUACUGGUGCCUCUGGUUUUGUCGGAACAACCGUCGCGGUCGCGGUUUUUGAAAGUGGUGGUGAUGUAGUCUGCAUGGAUGUUGCACCGACUCCUACUGCCUCCAAUUGGAGCGAUGUAGAGAACGCUGCCAAAAAGCAUGGCGCUCAACUAUCAUACUAUUCUUUAGAUGUUACUGACGAGAAUGCGGUGGCGGAGCAAUUCGCAAGGUUUAUCCCUACGCUUCGCUAUCCCCUCAAAGGGCUGGUGGCGUGCGCUGGGCUAUCAUUAGACGGCCCUUCUACUGAGUUCCCAGUGGACCGGUUUCGCCGGAUGCUGGAUAUCAACGUCGCAGGAACUUUCUUGGUUGCUCGAGCGUUUGCCAGAGAAUUGAUCCGAGCAAAUAACUCGGGAAGUGUGGUCUUGGUGGCCAGUAUGAGCGGAUACGUCACCAACAAGGGGGUCGAUACCGCUGGCUACAACGCCUCCAAGGCAGGUAUCCAUCAACUUACCCGCUCGCUCGCCGCCGAAUGGGGAUCUCGCGUGGGAAUACCGCUUAUCCGGGUGAAUUCACUUUCUCCAGGCUACAUCCGCACGGCUGCAACAGCUGGAGCGCUCCAGAAGCCCGGAAUCGAGAACCAGUGGAUUGGUGACAACAUGCUUUAUCGGUUAAGUACUCCGGAUGAGUACCGAGCACCCGUAUUGUUCAUGCUAGGAGAUGGAAGCAGUUUCAUGACCGGCUCCGACCUGCGCGUUGACGGGGGACAUUGCUCUUGGUAG